AUUCAUUACGUCUACUUCGCAAAAGGUUGAUUAGCGUUUGUCAACAAUUUUUUUACAGGAUUUUUAGGAAAAUUACCCCCAAAGACCCAUAAUAAUUGUGAUAUUUCCUGUGAAUUCGAUGCGAUACGGUUUGUUAAUAUAGUGAAAAUGAUUGUGGAGCACGUAGAAGCUUUCAAGACGUGGCUAACAGCUGUUUUGAAACCUAUGUGUGAGGCAGAUCCAGCAGCUCUAGCAAAAUAUGUUUUGGCACUGAUCAAGAAAGACAAGACUGAAGAUGAGCUGAAGAAGAGCAUGAUUGCACAGCUAGAUGUGUUUCUAGAAGCAGAAACUGAGUCCUUUGUGGACCUAGUAUUUCAAACUUUAGCUACAAAAGAUUAUGUGAAUGUACCAAUAGUCCCCAAUGCAAAUCCUCCAAAUCCUAACAUGGGCAAGGUGAAGGAACCUGUCAAAGAAUCCAAGGUUAUCAUACAGCCCAGUGAGUUGCCUAAUCUUAAUGAAGCAGUCAAUGGAAAUGCAAAGAAGGAGCAGGAAAUUAAAAGGGAUAGGGAAAAUCGAUUAGAAAAUAGGAAAAAUUCAGAUUCGCUGAUGAAGUUAGAAGAAGAAUUGUCACACUUGACAAGGAGAACAUUCUCUCCAAAGAAGAAGUUCAACGUCUUCAAUUGAUGGGCAGGAAGCUACAUCAGAAACUCCAGAGACGCGACGCUAAAAUCGCCAUGUUAGAAGAAGAAAAAGUCGGCCAAGUUAUGAAACAGGCGGAACUACAAAAUGUUGUCUCCAAUCUGCACAACGUAAUAGACGAGAAAGAUUUGAAACUGAAUCAAAACAAGCUGGAUAAAGAGAAAACUAAACAAAGGUUGGCAGUGCAUAGUGAAAAGAUGAAUAAGGAACUAGAUGAAAAAUUACGUAGACAACGAGAACACCUUGCCGCGAGUAUGAAGGCCAAAGAAAUUCAACUGCAGAAAGUGAGGGAAGCCUUGAAUGCAGAGGUCAUUGUUAGACCAGAAAAUAUGGAUGUUGAUACUAUCUUUGAUAAAGGAGAUAAAACACCAUCGGCCACAAUUGAGAACCAUUUGCCCACUUCAUGUCCGCCUAAAAGAGUUGGAUAUAAUGGCACUCCAUAUCACAGAAGACGUUCGCGAUCUGCAGACGAAGUAUGGCUAGAGCACAACACCGUGAAACCAGUUCCACUGGGCACCGUGAUGCAGCCCAGUAUGAAAAAGCGCAAGUCGGUCACCAAACUGGAUAAAGCGAAAGACGUUACGAAUUCGAAGCAGAGCAAGUACUGCCUUGUUGCUCAAGAACAAGACACGGAUGGGGAGACUGAGACCAAGCUGUACAAAGGUGACAUUGUACCCACGUGUGGUGGUGGAGCACAGGUCAUUUUCAAUGAUGUAGAAUGUCUGAGGCAGGAAUCACCAACAGGCUCACCCACAAAAUGAUUUUCCCCGUUGUUUUAAAAGAUGUUUUCUAUUUCAUUGUAAUCCUGGUCAUCUCUGCUCUACUUUGAAGUCCAAAGUAUUUCAGAUUGAUGUUCAUAAGUUUUUUACUUGUACUAUGUAUAUUUGUCGAAUUUCUAAUUUAUAUGAUUUAUUUAGCAGUAUUGUAAGCUUUAUGAAUAAAAAUAAAAGUUUUUUUAACAAUAUGAGGCGAGAGUGAAUUACGCCCUCCAAAAGUAUAAAUUGAUAUUUAACCCUCCAACUCCCAUGGUUGUCGGCACGGGUAUUACGUAUCUUCAAAAGUGAUAUUUUGUCGUAUUUUUCACCUUCC